AUGAAGCCUAAAAUGAAGUAUUCAACCACCAAAAUUUCUCCAGCAAAGGUGAAAAGCUCAGUAGGCAAAGCCUUGGUAAAAUCUCCCAAGUUGAGAAAAUCCCAACAGAAGGCCGAAGAAGUCUGUCAGAUGUACUACAUGCAGCUACGCUCUGGCCUUAAAAUAGAAAAAAAGGUCUGUUACUUUAGGAAAGAAAUCACCAGAAGGCAUUCAUCAACAGCUGAGAAGCACGAAGAGCAUCUGGCAUUAGCUACCUAUGAGCAGCUGAAACACUUUGGACGGUCUGUGAACCAGGACUUCACCUUGGGUAAAACAGGGGUCCAGAAAUACACUACACCAACUGGCCAUCCAAGUAUCAAAGAACAUUCUGCUUCCCUGAGUACAUACAACGAUCAGUUCAUUACUUUUGUUUUUGAGGAUGGAAGCUAUGAGAUCUAUGUUGAUGACUUGAUGAAAGACCAAGAGAAAGACAAGGUGUUACUCCGUUACUAUGAUUCUCAAUUCCCCUCAAGUGAAACAGAUGGUGGUGGUAAUCAUCGGAAGUUAAUGGUAAACCUGAGCCCCACAAAAGACAAAGACUUCUUGCUGCAUGCAAACAGUAAGGAGCACUCUGUGGAGCUACAAAAAUGUGAAAACCAGUUACCAGAACAAGCCUUCUUUGUCCUUCAUGAGACGUCCUCCCAGUGUGUUUCAUUUGAAUGUAAGAGCAAUCCUGGAGUGUUUCUAGGAGUAAAGGAUAACCACCUAGCUCUAAUUAAAAGAGGGGAACACCCCGAGGAUUCAAAUACACAGAAUAUCACAUUUAAGCUCUCAAACUUAAUGUGA